UUCUCCUUCAUAGGUUUAACACACAUGAACAAGUCAGCAACACAGACUGUGACUGAGUUUGUUCUCCUGGGAUUCCCUGGUUGCUGGCAGAUACAGCUUUUCCUCUUCUCAUUGCUUUUGGUGGUUUAUGUCCUAACUCUGCUGGGGAAUGGAGCUAUCAUCUGUGCAGUGAGAUGGGAUCCACGACUCCACACCCCUAUGUAUCUUCUGCUGGGAAACUUUGCCUUCCUUGAGAUCUGGUAUGUUUCCUCCACCGUUCCCAACAUGCUAGGCAACAUUCUCUCUAAGACCAAAGCCAUUUCAUUUUACGGUUGCUUCCUCCAGUUCUAUUUCUUCUUUUCCCUGGGCACCACUGAAUGUCUCUUCCUUGCAGUAAUGGCAUAUGAUCGGUACCUGGCCAUCUGCCGCCCAUUGCACUACCCCACCAUCAUGACGGGGUGGCUCUGCAGCAUGCUGAUGUCUCUCUGCUGGCUCACUGGGUUCCUUGGCUACCCAAUCCCCAUCUUCUUCAUCUCCCAACUUCCCUUCUGUGGUCCCAAUAUCAUUGAUCACUUCCUGUGUGACAUGGCCCCUCUGAUGGCUCUGUCCUGUGCCCCAGCCCCUAUUACUGAAUUUAUUUUCUAUACUCAGACCUCCCUUGUCUUAUCUUUCACUGUUUUGUAUAUUCUUCGAUCCUAUACCCUGCUGCUUAGAGCUGUUUUUCAGAUCCCUUCUGCAGCUGGUCGGCAAAAGGCCUUCUCCACCUGUGGUUCUCACUUAGUUGUGGUGUCUCUUUUCUAUGGGACAGUCAUGGUAAUGUAUGUGAGUCCUACAUAUGGAAUCUCAGCUUUGAUGCAGAAAAUCAUCACACUGGUAUACUCAGUAAUGACUCCUCUCUUUAAUCCAUUGAUCUAUAGUCUUCGUAAUAAAGACAUGAAACUUGCCCUAAGAAAUAUCCUAUAUGGAAUGAGGAUUAGUCAAAAUUCAUGA